AUGUCAUGAGUGCAUGUAAAUGUAACAUACCGAUUGUGAAAAAAUAAGAAUAAGAACAAAAUUAAAAAAACAAGGUAAAGGGAACACAGGAAAACUUGUGUACUCAAUUUGUUGUUUGAAUGAGCUAAAUUUACUAUUAUAUAAGACUUCAAUGGGCGAAAAAAGAAGUAGCAAACCGCUCAAUCCAGCUUGCGCAUACGCCCGUGGGGAACGGGAGCGACAGAGAAAAAAAAAUUUAUUAAAAAAAAAAAACCGUCGUGAAUCAUCUACAUGCGCAGAUUCCGUUCAACAAACUUCUUGUGCAACAUGGAUGUCUUCAAAAUGUCAAACUGUAUCAGAAACGCCAGACGAGAAAAACGUAAUAGAUAAGGACAAGGAUUCUGGGGUGCGUUUAAAUGCAAUUCGUUUACAAUAUCGUCCUACUGUGGUGACCAAAAACAACCGCGUCAUCCUUCCUUCCAUUCAAGUAAAAAUAAAAGACGAUGAUUCUGAUACCUAUCAAGAUACGGAGGAUACAGAAGAAAGUUGUAAUUCGACAACAAAUGAUAGUGAUGAUGCUAAAAGCGUCAAUGUAAAACAAAACGUGAUCAGUUCUUUAAAAGAACAAGUUGUUUCACGCAUGAACAUUAUUAAAGCCCAAAAAGACAUCUUUCCUCCAUCAGACACGGCUGUUCAGCCACCAGAGGAAGAGGACGAGGACAUUUCACCAGAAGUUGCAGCAAGGCUUGAGGUUUUGUGUCAAAUUGAGAAAAAGAACAUUUCUGUAAAAAAUCAAAUUCCAAAUAAUUCACACUCAAGUGUGUCAGUAUACAAAACAUUAAACAAUCAAUCUUCUCCGACCUCGCACUCUUCUACCUCCUUAAUCAAUGAAUAUCAAUGUAAAAUGAACAAUACUUUAUUAUGUCAGUCCACGACAUUUCCGAAUGAUUGCACCGUUUUAAACAAGACAUUAAUAGAUUCUAAGCUGGAAACGGUACCGAACUCUGCGUGUAUCAAGUCUUCUAAAAACACUCUCUUUGUUCCUACUUCACUACGGCUGCAAAACAAACCCAAAACGGUUCCAAAAAUAAUUAAUGGAAAACCGUUUCGUUUUGGCACUGGCGCAUCUUUGGCGGAAUCGGCUAAGUCUGUUAAUAAGGCUAUGGUUUCCAGUUCGUUUUCAAAACCUAUCCUUACAAAACAUACGCAAGUAGAGAAUUCCCCGAAUCUAGAAACGGCAUUUCAAAAUUUUAUGAACGACAUUACCAAAUCGUUAGAAUAACUGUUUACUAUUAAGAAUUAUUGAGACAUUACUGAAAAGAUGGCCUUAUGUAGAAGAAAUCAUAGUUUUUGCAGUAUUAUUAAAUUCAGUGGCGUUCUCUCUUUAAAAACAUAAUUAUUCUAUUGUAAUAUGUAAAAUGUUUAAUUCUACAAAAAUAAAUCCGUUGCAAUUUUAACAUUUAAAGUAAUGAAAUUCUAUUGUUUUUCAAGAAAAAUUUUGCUAUUUAAAUGAAAUAAAAGUAAAAUAAAAAUUUUAUUUACUUUUAAAUAAAUU